AUGUCUGAGCCCCAGAACCUUGAGUACGAGGGAACUGGUAGCCUCGAGGUUGACAAUGCCUUUAUGCAUGAUUCGGAUUCAGCGGAUGCAUCGCUUGAAGGGUAUCCAGAUGACCUUGUAAUCUUGAGUCCCUGGGAACAAUUCCUCAAUUUUCUUGUCGAUAAGCUCCGGCGCUACGUUUACGGCGAGUUUGGCUCGACCGAUGCGUCGGCAAUGCUCUCUGAGGAGGAGUUUCAGGAACUGCAGGAAUUCCUGCUUGACCCUGGUAGAGAGGUUGCGCCUCCAGAAAUUGUCAUAUACGUCAAUCAAACGCGCCUGGAAACCUUACCAGUGGAUAUUCUGUUCGAAAUGCUAGACAGACUCCUCAAUUUCCAAGAGGACGACGAAGAAACACUCGAGAUUGACAUUAUCCAUACAUUGCAUGGCCUCCGUUUGAUGAGUGACUACAUGCGGAAUGUAGUGGAUAAUUGGGUAAAGAGUUCCAUGUCCAAAUGGAAGAAGUUUCAGACUCAUGAAUUACAAUGCUAUCCCUCUCGAGCCGAGGUCAGAGCUGAUGCCAAUAGUCCAUGGAAUAUGCAAAUAUUCCGGGUCCCAGGACUCGAAAAAUCGAAUGUCGCCAUUCAAGCCGCAACUUCUUGUGUCGAAUGCUUUCACUUCCUCGUGGAAACGAAGUUGAUUCCAAUAGGCGGAUAUGAUAUGAAUGGAGUAAGUUUUUUGACUUGGGCAAUCUUGGAGAAUUGUCAGCCCGUCGUGGACUACAUGCUUGACGUGAUGCCUGUCGAGGACUUCUUCUAUUCCACUGCCCUCCGCAUUGGAUAUCAGGAAGAUAAACAUCCUCUCGCUACUCUUCUUGAAAGCGGCAACCAGAAGGGACUCGAGAAGCUUAUCGACAAGUUGGCGGAGAGCAGGGAUGUCGAAAAGUGGGAUCUCGGCUGGUCAUUGAAGCAUCGUCGACUUAAGCUCAAAAUGUGCGCCUUUCUAUCCGCCAAACAUGCGGAUAUGCUCUUGCAAAAGCUCAAAGUCAACAUCGGCGAUGUCGUGAUGGAUCAAGAAAAGGCCCAUAAACGACCUAUACCCGCAGUAGUAGAUGAACCGAAUCUCGGGCGUUUCACACCCUGGUUAACGGGAGCGGACACGAGUUCAUGGCACGAAGCAGCCCGCCACAAUCCCGACGGUGAAGCCUUCAUGGAAUGGCUCGAGAAGAAUGCCAGAUCUAAACCAACCAAUAUCAACAAGCAAGGCUAUACCCCCUUGAUGUACGCUGCACUCGGCGAGAACAUCGCUGCAUUCAAAUACCUAGCGAAACACGGCGACCCGGCUGCACCCUUGCACUCGAGACCUAAUAGCCGUGAGCCAUAUGCACUGCGAGCCGCCGCAUUCAAUCAAACCUUCCACAGCGAUGAGAUGUUUGAGGUAAUCCUUGAUGAGAUGCCGGAUGAGUUCUUCCGCAAUUUCCCGCUUGUUAGUAAUGUAUUUGGUUGGAUUAUUGAUGGACUCUGGUCUUUCCGGUUUAAUCCCCGGGAGUUGAAUCCCACCAAGCCGUGGCCGAAUGAUCGAUUUCUGAUUAUGUUCCUUGCCAAGGAGAAAUGUCAGCAGUUGGUGAAUCGAUUGCCUGAUACCUGGGCGAUGUCAAUGUGGCAAAUGGCCGUGCAGGAGCGUGCAAGAAUUUAUGGUUAUGGCUUUCUUCCCCCACGUAUGAUGAGGCCAAGAUGGAAGAAGCAGCGUAAGCCUAAAAAGCUCGAAUUUGGGCUCUCGCAAGCGGUAUCUGUGCUUUUCGGUCGAUGA